AUGACUCAAUCUUUAAUAAUAUCUUUGGAUCGUUUAAUCGAAAAAAGUUUAACAAAUGAAGCUGUAUGUUUACUGUAUCGCGGUGAUGUCGUACCAAAAGAUGUAAAUGCUGCAAUUUCAAUGGUUAAAACAAAACGUGGAAUUCAAUUUGUUGAUUGGUGUCCGACAGGAUUUAAAGUUGGCAUUAAUUAUCAACCACCUACUGUUGUUCAUGGUGGCGAUUUAGCAAAGGUACAUCGAGCUGUUUGUAUGUUAUCAAAUACAACCGCAAUUGCUGAAGCAUGGGCACGCUUGGAUCAUAAAUUUGAUUUGAUGUAUUCGAAACGAGCAUUUGUACAUUGGUAUGUUGGUGAAGGUAUGGAAGAAGGUGAAUUUACGGAAGCACGUGAUGAUUUAGCUGCAUUAGAAAGAGAUUAUGAUGAGGUAAGUAAAGAUUCGGAAGCACUAAGUGAUGAUGAAGAAGAAGAAAGUGAAUACUGA